GUGCGGACAGACUGAGGCGCCCCCUCCUGGAGAAGACGCGUCCCUUCAUCCUGGUGGACGGACAGAGACGGACUCUGGCUGAAGCCCUGCAGGAUGGCCACCCCGACAGGCUGCAGUGUGGGCUGGAGGUGGGAGGACAGCUCCUCCUGCUGGACCUGGAGAAGAACCACCUCCUGCUGCCCAGACCUCCUGACCUCUUCUUCUAUCUCCCCAACGGCACCGGAGUGUCCGCCAUGGCCGACCCUGUGAGCCACUGUUAUUACCACGGCAGCGUCCGAGGAUUCCCGCGGUCCAGAGCGGCUCUCAGCACCUGCUCCGGACUCCGCGGCGUCUUGGUUCUGAACUCCUCCCUGAGCUUUGAGCUGCAGCCGCAGGACCAGAACCAGCGGGAUGGGGAGGAGGAAGACCUUCACCUGCUGUUUGCUGCCGGUCCUCUGGAGGGCGCUGCUGCGGCAGGCUGUGGGGUGUCGCACACGUCUGACUCACCUGUCUCCAACUGGACCCACUUCCGGAGGACCAAGAGAGACAUUCUGGCAGAGACCAAAUACGUGGAGCUGGUUCUGGUGGUGGACCAUCAGGAGUUCCUGAACUACCAGAGAAACAAUAAGACCGUCCUCUACCGCAUGCUGGACGUGGCCAACCAGGUGGACUGGUUCUACCGGCCGCUGAACGUCCGCGUGGCGCUGACCGGCCUGGAGAUCUGGAGCGACCGCGAUAAGAUCCGGGUGGAGAAGAGUCCCACCGACACCCUCAACAACUUCCUGGAGUGGAGGAGCAGAGAGCUGCUGCCGCGCCUUCGCCAUGACAACGCCCAGCUCAUCAUGGGCGGCUCUUUUGACGGCACCACCGUGGGGAUGGCGUCUCAGUCGUCCAUGUGUUCCCGGGACCGAUCGGGAGGCGUCAACGUGGAUCACCUGGUCAGCGUUCUGGGCGUGGCCUCCACCGUCGCCCACGAGCUCGGACACAACCUGGGGAUGAGACACGACACGGCCGAUCGCCGCUGCUCCUGUGAAAAUGAGCCACGCCUCGGAGGAUGCAUCAUGGAGCCGUCGACCGGGUUCCUGCCAGGUCAGCUCUUCAGCAGCUGCAGCGCCGCGGAUCUGUCCAUCAGCCUGCUGCACGGCGGCGGCAUGUGUUUGUUCAACGUGCCGCAGCCAGACCGCCUGCUGGGAGGACCGCGCUGUGGAAACCUGUACGUGGAGAAAGGAGAGGAGUGUGACUGUGGCCUGCUGGAGGAGUGUAGUGACCCGUGCUGUAAUGCGUCCACCUGUCGGCUGGUUCCUGGGGCUCAGUGCUCGUCAGACGGUAUCUGCUGUGAGGACUGUAAGCUGCGUGCCGCAGGCUCCGUUUGUCGUGAGCCGCUCGGCGAGUGCGACCUGCCUGAGUACUGCACAGGCUCCUCCCCCUACUGCCCCCCUAACGUCUUCCUGCAGAACGGUGAAGCCUGCCAGAACGGCGCCUCCUACUGCUAUGGAGGAGUCUGCACCAACAUGGACACCCAGUGCCAGAUGCUGUGGGGAACCAAUGCCAGCAGCGCUCCAGCUGUGUGCUUCUCCUCGGUCAACAAACAGGGAAACAAAUAUGGAAACUGUGGUCAGCUGACCAACGGCUCCUACCUCCCCUGUGCAAACUCAGACGUUCUCUGCGGGAGGAUCCAGUGUCAGGGCGGGACAGAGCGCCCCCUGCUGGGCAGCAUCGCCCAGAUUCUCACUGUCCGCUUCAACAACAGCGACCUGGUCUGCAGGGGGACCUUCUUCCACCUGGACGACGACGUGUCGGAUCCAGCCACCGUGGACCAGGGGACCGCCUGUGGGCCCGGAAAGGCCUGCUUAAAUCAGAAAUGUCAGGACGUGUCUGUGUUCGGUGUGGACGAAUGUCGCAGGAAGUGCAGCGGACACGGCGUGUGUAACAGCAAUAAGAACUGCCACUGUGAGGCGGGCUGGGCCCCGCCGGACUGCAGGUACUCCGGUCAUGGCGGCAGCGUGGACAGCGGACCGGCCGGAGCGGCAGCAGAGUCCGAUCCGGUCCGGGUGGCGCUGCUCGUCAUAUUCUUCUUCAUCCUGCCGGUGGUCCUCCUCUUCCUCGCCCUCCGCUUCCCUCGGUGCCGUCGGAGCCUCUGCUGCCUCGGAGCGAACAGCCCGUUCCAUAAAGCCCGCCAUCAGACCCGGACUCCUGUGACGGAGCGAGCAGACAGCCGGAACGGAGAGCAGGUCCGACCUCUGAGAUACCACUUGAACCCGCAGCCCGACGUCCCGCCCACUCCGGCCCAGAAACAGGUUAAUGACAGACCUGCUCCUCCCACUAAGCCCCUCCCCCCUGACCCCACCCUAACACCCCUGCAGCAGUUGGUUAAACCGCGACCAGCGGCCCCCACCAAGCCUCUGCCCCCUGACCCCCCCGCCCCCAGCAACCAGCUGCCGGUGAGUCGACCAGCUCCGCCCAAUAAGCCCCUCCCCCCCGACCCUGUCACACCUGCACAGAGAGGCUCUGAUUGGCCGAUGGGCUGGAAGACGAUGGUGAAGAUCGUUAGUUCGGUUCCAAAGGACCCGACGAUGCUGGAUCUCAGUGCCUUGCUCAGCAGCAUCUCUGCACAGACGACGCAAAUAUUUGGGAAUCGCCCUGUAGCGCCUCCUGCUGGAACUACGGGGUUCAGUGCCUUGCUCAGAGAGAGUGGACAGGAAUCACACCUGGGAUCAAAGAGUCAGAGGAGACCAGAUCCAACCCCCCCGGCCGUCCUCUGCGGGUCGGAUGGAAUCAUCACAUUCUCACUAAACUUUAUCUUCUGGUGA